AUGUAUCGACGGAUCAGCAGCACUUCGAAGCUCUCCACAUCAUCGAACGAAUCGAUCAUUGGAAAAACGGAGGAAAAUAUGACGUGUGGAGAAGUUCUACAAUGGAUUCACCAAACCUCGAUUGAAGUGAUAAGCAACGCGCAAGAACAAGGACGACGCCUCAAAGCUGUUCUCUCUGUGAUCGAGCUCAACGGUAUUGAUGGAGCUUUUGAUCGAGUCGGCAGAUAUGAAUUAAUCAUUUUGGUCGAAAUAAUCAACACUGAUGGCAGCUGGUCCAGCGAAUCUGCGCUGAGACUAUUGUUACGCUUUCGAGCGAUUUGGCCCAAAGCUACUUCGGGUUCAACCGUAAAGGCUCAUCGUUCCAUUUUACUCACGGCACUGGACCAGAUCGUCAAAAAGUUCAAGCCUCAACUUCAACAAGUAGCCACAGUCCGCAAAGAUAAAGCAGGCGGUUUGUCGAAGUGCGACCAGAAAAUGCAACAGCUGGGGAAGGCAUUAAUGGAAAUCCGAAUUAACGCCCCAUUUUUCACAAGCAGCGCCCCCACAAGCAAACAUCACAUGAUGGAAGAACUUUUCGAGGAGAUCGAUGAGAAAAAAAUGUUUUCACAAUGGGCAGCACAGAAUCGAGACCAACCAGUGGUUGAUGAAUUCGCGGAUUUGAAGCCGGUGAUCAAAGAUGUUAGGACGACUACUCGUAAAGUAUCGACAGAGGCUGCGGUAUUGUUACGCCGACAGCUCGGACUUGAAGUGCGCUCGACCAAUUCAAGUAACCAUACCGAUAUUCCGGCACCAGUGGAAACUUUCGAGGAAGGAGUUGAGGGAAAUGUGCACCUUCUUGAGCAAUUUCGAAAGAACAACUUUACAAAACCGUCUCCAGUUCAAUGUCAGAUGUGGCCAAUAUUACUUAAGGGAAUCGAUUGUGUUGGAAUUUCGCAAACGGGAAGUGGAAAAACUUUGGCAUUCCUUGUACCAGCCUUUUUGCACUGUGAUGCGCAGCUGAAACAUUAUGCUGCUGGAGAAAAGCGUCCAUGCCCGUCGGUUUUGGUACUGACUCCAACUCGUGAAUUGGCUCUUCAAAUUCACAGCGAAGUCCAGAAGUACAGCUACAACGACUACAAAAGUGUUUGUCUUUACGGGGGUGCUUAUCGAGGCGAACAAAUUGCAACUUGCGCUAACGGAGUUGAAAUUGCUAUUGCAACACCUGGUCGAUUGGCCGAUUUGGCUUCCCAGGGAAGUGUUUGCUUGAAAACGGUCACAUAUGUCGUUCUCGAUGAGGCUGAUCGCAUGUUGGAUCUGGGAUUUGAUGCUGAUAUUCGUCGAAUCAUGUUAGAAAUUCGCCCUGAUCGCGUGACGGUCUUGACUAGCGCUACUUGGCCAGAGACUGUAAGCACACUUUCCGAAAAGUACUUGAAGAACUCUGUGAUCUGUAACGUCGGAACUCUUGAUCUCACCGCUUGUAAGUCGGUUCGCCAGUAUUUCGAAUGGUUUGAAGAUGAAGACUUCAAAAAGAAUAGAUUGGAAGAGGUGAUGAGUACCCUUGUACAAAUUCACGAUAAGAAGUUGAAGCUUUUAGUGUUUGUCUCUCAAAAAGUCUAUGCGGAUCACGUGGCUUCUGAUUUAAUUAUGAUUGGUGUGAAUGCUCAAGCUCUCCACAGCGGACGGUCACAACAAGACAGAGAAAACACGCUUAAGGAUUUUCGAACCGGACGAGUGAGAGUUCUUAUUGCGACGGAUCUUGCCAGCCGAGGUAUAGACGUACCUGAUGUCACACACGUCAUCAACUACGAUUUCCCAUCAGAGAUUGAGGAAUAUGUGCACAGGGUGGGCCGCACUGGCAGGGCAGGAAAGAAAGGAGAAGCACUGACGUUUGUCACUUAUCGCAGUCGAUUUCAUCUUGCGAAAUUGAUCGACAUACUCGAAAAAAGCGAUCAGAUAUGGUGCAUU